ACAAAGUAUGACCAGUGAGAGUGAGGAUGUAAUUAGUUAUAUUCUUAGUCAUUUUCGAUUCACAUUCUUUGUAUAAAUAAAAUAAAUUUUUUGAUGAAUGUGGCGAAGAGUUGUGAGGGAAUCAAAUUAAAAAAAAAAAAAAAGAGUUGUGAGGGAAAUCUAAAAAAUGGGCAGAGGAGAAAAUCAAGAAGGGGUGAUGAUGGCCAGAGAUUUCUUCUGGUCUUACACAGAUGAACCCCAUGCAACACGACGUCGUCAGAUCCUCUCCAAAUACCCUCAAAUCAAACAACUCUUUGGCCCCGACCACUCCGCUUUCUUCAAGAUAAGUGGAGUGGUUUUGCUUCAGCUGGGAACUGCUGCUUUACUCCAUGAUUCAGGUUGGCUGAAGAUAUUGGUAGUAGCAUAUUUUUUUGGUUCAUUUCUGAACCACAAUCUCUUCUUGGCUAUCCAUGAGUUGAGUCACAACCUGGCCUUCUCAACUCCAGUUUACAACCGAUGGCUAGGAAUUUUUGCUAACCUUCCCAUUGGUGUUCCAAUGUCUGUGACUUUUCAAAAGUAUCACCUGGAGCACCAUCGCUUUCAAGGUGUAGAUGGCAUGGAUAUGGAUCUCCCUAGCCUCACCGAAGCUCGUGUUGUGACGAAUGUUCUUGCAAAAACCAUAUGGGUUUUCUUGCAGCUCUUCUUUUAUGCCCUUAGACCUCUCUUUCUCAAACCAAAGCCUCCUGGUUGUUGGGAAUUCAUCAACUUUUUGAUUCAGAUAGGACUUGAUGUGUCCAUGGUUUAUUUUUGGGGUUGGAAAACCUUGGCCUAUCUGAUACUUUCAACAUUUGUUGGUGGUGGGAUGCAUCCAAUGGCUGGUCACUUCAUUUCAGAGCAUUAUGUGUUCAAUCCUGCGCAAGAGACAUAUUCUUACUAUGGACCCCUGAAUUUUCUCACUUGGCAUGUGGGUUACCAUAAUGAACACCAUGAUUUUCCAAGAAUUCCUGGAAACAAGCUUCACAUUGUGAAGGAGAUUGCUCCAGAGUUUUAUGAUGGUUUAGAUUCCUAUAAAUCUUGGAGCCAGGUCAUUUACAUGUACAUUAUGGAUCGAUCAGUUGGACCCUUUAGCCGAAUGAAAAGAAAGCCCAGUAAAACUGAAUAGGUGCUUCCAAACACUAUUCACUUCUUAUUCAC